CGCAAUUAUAUUUUAUUCUAAUACGUCGAUAUUCGGUAUUGAACUCUUAAAUUUUAAUUGUGUCAUUGCCGACAUUGCCGUCAUUAGACAUAGUACAUUUUCAAAAAAAUUUAUUAGUAAUUGUAGAAUAUUUUUUUGAAUAAUUUGAAUUUUAAAAUUUUGAAUAUUUGCCUGUUGAUGCUUGUCUGUCGUUGGAACUAAUCAAUUAAAUGAUGUAGAAAGAGAUUGCGCUUCAUUCACAGACCACGGUUGAGAUUUUGAGAACGUUUAGAACCUAAAUUACUAAUAACUAAUUACUCAAUAAUCAAUACUAAGAUUGUACUGUUCAGUGUUUAAAAAAUAUUAUUGAAAGUUUGUAAACUUUUUCAUAUAUUCAGUGACGCAUAUCAUCUCGAUUUGUUUGCCCUUUUCAUUUAAGCAUGUCGAACACAGUGGAAAUUCCAGAUCCGCGAUCGCCUACUGUAGCUUUUGUCAGAACUCCGUUAAGAGUGGUCAAAAUGAUAAUUGACGAAGAAAAUAUAUCUACAGAGACACGAAUAAAUAAUGAAUUAUUUGAUAAUGCUUCAUCUGGUAGUCUAUUAAUGUCAACACCAAGUAACACUUGUGAUACAGAUGAUUCAUUCCAUUCAGCAGUUGGUGAAAAUGAUUUUGAACCUUUAAUAAGCAAUACGGAUACUAAAGUAAUGAAAGAUAGUAGUAAGAAAAAUAGGAAAGCAUUAGGAUGCAUUAAAAAUUGUCUGAUUGAAACACCUAAAACGGAUAUGCGUCGUAAGCUUUGGCGGAACAUGGAGGAUGAAAGAGUUAAAAAAGGAGUUAAUAACGGAGUUGAAAAUACACCACCCUUACCUUUUAUGGAUCUGACUGCAUCAGCUCCACCAAAAUUAUAUAGACACCGCAAGUAUACAUAAGACAUUUUUUAUUUUUAAUGUUUAAUUUAAUUUUUAUUUAUAUCACCAUAUAAUUUCUGAUUUGUCAUUUGCUAUAUCUAUACUUUUUUUCACUUAGUAGCAUAUUAAGAUGAGCCCAAUAUAACUCAUUUUCACUUUAUAUACAAAUUUAAUUUUUUUGCACCAAUGUUUGUAAUAUAUAUUUUUAUGCCAAAAAGAUCA